AUGCAUUUCUCGAUCCGCGUGGCUGCGCUUUCCAUUCUCUCUACUUUAAGCUUUUGGCAUGUAUUCGCAAUCCCUGAUGUUGCCCCCCUCGGGCAGCAUGCAUCUACUCCCAAACGAUCAUUCGAUAGUUGGGUCUCUGUAGGCCACAAUGGUCAUUGGCCAUGCACGUUUGAACAACUCGAUGCCAUCGACAUCGCUGUUGAAUAUACCAAGCUCCUAGCAAGCGCGGCGAUAGUGGCUUUGGAUCAUGCAGGGACAAGGUCAACGGCAUACCUGCGUUGGUUUGGUAAAAAUAACACCUCCGAAUCUGAUCGGCUCUCCAUCAAAACCAAUCACUACGACGCCGUGAUCUCACAGCUAAGAGGACCGGAUUCAGGAACUGUGAAAAGCAUAGAAGAAGGCGGCCCCAAUCCGAAAAGAUUGGUGUAUGCCUGUCCCGCCGCGAGUAGCCCCUUGUGCAGCAACAAGGUGGCCGCAUCGGUCAUCAAUUUCGGCGACGAGGGUUUCAAGGUGAAUCUGUUGUACGUCUGCCCCCCAUUCUUCCAGUCAGUCAGCUACCACAAAUCGCUGUACGACUGGCAGUGGGGUCGUUACACGCCCUCGGCAGGGAUGAUUUUGCUUCACGAAAUGCAGCACCUUGAUGCCGUGGUGGGCGCGGACAGACGCAGCUUCGAUCACGCAUAUUCGGUUAGCGAUUGCGAGCAUCUCGACGACAGUGACAAACUUACAAAUGCACAGAAUUACGCAUUCUUCGCGUUGGAUGUAAAUGCGAGACCACCCAAAUAG